AUGUACGGACAGCAACCAAUUCUUGUUUUAAGCCAAAACACAAAACGUGAGUCCGGCCGGAAAGUUCAACUUGAGAAUAUUAACGCUGGAAAGACAAUAGCGGACGUUAUUCGAACAUGCCUCGGCCCGCAGGCUAUGUUGAAAAUGCUAAUGGACCCUAUGGGAGGUAUAGUGAUGACUAACGAUGGUAAUGCUAUACUCAGAGAAAUCACUGUGCAACAUCCAGCCGCUAAAUCCAUGAUAGAAAUCGCAAGAACACAGGAUGAAGAGGUUGGUGAUGGUACAACAUCAGUAAUAGUCCUUGCCGGAGAGAUGCUGGCUGUCGCUGAACAGUUUUUAGCACAGAACAUCCAUCCCACCGUCAUUAUAAGGGAAUACCGUCAAGCCCUUGAAGACGCAGUGCAACUCUUACAAGAUAAGAUCUCGGUGCCAAUUGAUUUGAAUGACCGUGAGAAACUCAGGGAAGUGAUUCAUUCAUGUAUUGGUACAAAGUAUGUCGGCCGUUGGGGAGACCUAGCUGUAGACAUUGCUUUAGAUGCUGUGAACACGGUUACAAUCAAUGAAAACGGAAGGAUUGAAGUUGAUAUUAAGAACUACGCAAAAGUAGAGAAAAUUCCCGGUGGAUCAGUGGAAGAAUCUAAAGUAUUGAAUGGUGUUAUGUUCAAUAAAGAUGUAACACAUCCUAAAAUGAGGAGAUAUAUUGAAAAUCCUAGAAUUAUUCUCCUCGAUUGUCCAUUGGAGUACAAAAAGGGUGAAAGCCAGACCAAUAUUGAGAUUGUUGGUGAACAGGACUUCACAAAACUCCUUCAAUUAGAGGAAGAGCAUGUUCAACGUCUCUGUGAAGAUAUCAUAGCUUUGAAGCCAGAUGUUGUCGUCACAGAAAAAGGAGUUUCAGAUUUGGCACAGCAUUACCUUGUUAAGGCCGGAAUUACAGCUAUUCGCAGACUUCGUAAAACUGACAACAAUCGUUUAGCUCGUGCAUGUGGGGCGACCAUUGUUAAUAGGACCGAGGAGUUGAAGGAAUCAGAUGUAGGGACCCAGGCAGGACGGUUUGAGAUCAAGAAGAUUGGAGAUGAUUACUUCACAUUUGUUACUGAAUGUAAAAAUCCUAAGGCCUGCACAAUUCUUCUCCGCGGUGCCUCCAAGGAUAUUUUGAAUGAAAUUGAAAGAAAUCUACAGGACGCUCUACAUGUUGCAAAGAAUUUGGUAUUGAAUCCUCGUCUCGUGUGUGGUGGUGGAGCGGUUGAGAUGUCUGUGUCAGGUGAACUAGCGGCCAAAGCUCAUCAUGCAGCCCCAUAUAGAGCAGUUGCACAAGCACUCGAAAUAAUACCUCGUACAUUGGCUCAGAAUUGUGGUGCGAAUACAAUCCGUACACUGACAGCAUUGAGAGCGAAACACGCGGCCGGUGAGAAGAACUGUGGCAUUGACGGAGAAACGGGGCUCAUAGUGGAUAUGGCACAGAAAGGAAUAUGGGAACCACUGGCUGUUAAAUUACAGGUUUAUAAGACAGCGGUGGAAACGGCGAUAUUUCUGUUAAGGAUUGACGAUAUUGUGUCAGGUUCUAAGAAGAAGAAUAAGGAAGGCGCCAACCCUGCUGAAAUGGCGAAUAUGCAGGAAUAG